CCAAUCUGGAACAGAUCAUACAGCGUCUUUCUGUCGUGGGAGCAGAAUCUGAUCACCGUGAGUAUCACAGCAGCUGGAUUCCCAAUCUUUCCAAAUCUGCACGUUUUAUAUAUUUACUCAUUAAUAACCUGUCUCAUUUAAUAAUUAAGAUUAAUCAUUUAUGUCACUAGGUAAUUGUCUCCAAACGAAAUUCUGGUUUACAAACUUGUUUACGGUAAUAUUUUAAAGCAUUACUUCAAGCACUUUAACCACGUCAGUGUUUUGAAGUGGUCAUGGUGCCUGGAGCCUGUUUGUUCAGUGUUUCGUUAUGAAAUGCUGCACAUUCUGAGUUUAACUCCUUUGGUGUCAUUGGCAAGACUACAACAAGAGGUACAGGCUGAUAAAAGUUAGUUUUUAGCACAUUUCUAUGAACAGAGUGUCAUUAAUUGGCUGAGAGUGAUUAUCUGAGGCUCUCAGCCAGGGGAAGGCUUGCGGGAUUGACGUCUGGCUUUGCUGCAGGAGCUGGAUGUUGUAAGCCAACAGGAGAAGAUACUUUGCGUCUGGUGCGGUCCAAAGUAAGAGUUCAAACUGGUAAAACGGACUCACUCAUUUUUUGUGUCUUUAUUUUUGAUUCACCUUCAAUAAGGACUCGAUACAGAAAACGUAUAUAAUAGAAUAUUAGUAUACUGGCACGAGGUAUAUAUUUUAAGUGAAAAGACUGGGUAGAAAUAUUAUUAAACCGGUUUCACAAUAUUUAAUUAAGAACCAUAAAGAUAACGUAAAGUCCUGGCUGGACAGUGUGAUCACUGUAUAUAGUACAACUUACAAUGACAACGUUUCAGGGGUCCACAAUGUGCUAUUCUUUGGGGGGACAUCGGACAUUACUGCAUAUUCUACAUCUAUCCAGCUCGGUUCUUUGGGCUGAGCAGAGUAGUGUGGUUUGAGAUAUCGCUGAUACUGCUAUAGCAUGUCAUUAGUUCCGGGACGCCCAAACCUACUCUCAUUUUAUGUCUGUAUAACUCUGUCCCUGCUACACUAGAUCUUUUAAAUACAUUUACGAAGGAGUUAAGAAACCUCUGAAUUCCCUUCAAACAUGGAAUCAGGAAAGGCAGAGCUAUCGUGCGAAAUAGAUACAGGAAUUUAGGGAGCUUUCCUAUAUCCUACAUUUGGAUUUAUGCUGCCAGGGUACUCCUACAACCAUAAUGACUACAAUAAAAGAAUGAAUAUUUAUAUUAUGUUACAAUUAUCCUGAUAUGCAUUUUAUUUUUAAAUGUUUAGCAACUUCUAAUGCCCUCUCUGUACGUGAACAUACAAUAAUUUGAUGUAUUAGAGGUACUUUAUCUAUAUACAGCAGACCCUGUUUUGCAGGAGGAGUUCAGAGGAUACUAAUACCCCACCCUCCCAUCUUGAAUUCAGUGACAUUGUUUAUAGAAAGUGGCUUAACUUUUUACUAUUAAAGUAUCUCUUUGUAUUUCCACCUCUCUUGCUAGCAAGCGUCAGGAUUACCUAUAGUCUCUAUAUUUCUACUGACCAUUAUAUCUAACCUAGCUUGCAACUGUCUCCUAUACCUCUUUAUUUUACAGGUAUUCCCUGCCUCUUUCUAUUAACCAUUGCAACCAACUGGUGUGCUGUUUAACCCCUUGUGCACUAGAGGCAUUCCAUCUAUAUUCCACCGACCCUGUUCUGCGGGAGGAGUUUACAAGAUACUAGUAUCCCACUUCUCUAUUUAGCAUUCAGUCACAUUGUUCAUAGUAAGUAGUUUUACUUUACACCAAUAAGUAUUUCUUUGAAGUAACACUUCUCUUGCUAUUGGUUCUAUUGGAGGUUUAAUACCCUAACUAGUUUAUAGGACAUAUUAUUAUUUUGUAGCCUUGUGCUUUUUGUUUUGCUUUUAUCUUUUCUAUUUUACAUUUUAAUAUAUCCAUUAAAAGUUAUUUUUUAUGCCCAUUUCAUUGUGACUAUAUUUACCAAAAUGUUGAGACACUUUAUGGUAGUUUUUUCUUUUCAUUUUUGUAUUCAUAUAAAUUCACCAUUUAGGGGUUACCCCCCAUUUUGUUUCUACCCAUAUUCGUGCCUAUAUUCAUAUCCAGGCUCUCCUUUUUUCUUUUUUAGUUACUUACAAUAAUUUGAUAAAACACAUUAAAAAACCUAAAGAAAGAUCACAGUAGCCGUGUUCUCUGGGCUGCUAUGAACUAUGAUUAAAGAAAUAAAGUUUAUUUGAAGCCACAUUUUUCUCAAUAGCUCAAUUUAAAACAAUUCUAUAACUGUGGGGGUUUUUUAAAUUAUUUUUGUGAUAACAGAAGGCAUCAUUAUAAACAAAAACAAGGCCGUCACAUAACGCAUUGUCUUUAGUGUCCAUUUUCACAGUGUAUGAAUACAGAAUAAAAAGUUGGUGACAUUGUUGCACAUAUUAUGUUUGGGGAGUCUCGUUGGUUGUCUGUCAAGGCUUUCCAAUGUCUGGGGGGGAGGGGGAGUAGGUUUUUCUCCUUUUUUAACCUUAUUUUGGCCUAAAAUGUUAAAUUCCCCUUUCAGUUCCCAAAAAAAGGAGCUGACUCCUUUGCUAUUGAUUACAAGCAUACAGUGUUACAACAUUAAAGAUCAUGCUAAAUACAUUGAGAAAGAAUUGGUUUUUCUCUCUGUUUGGAAUUACAAUGAGAAGAUUGUUUUAUAAAAUGAAUAUGGCUUUUUUCCAAUGAAUGAAACUGCUGUUACCUGUCUGCCUACCUGUGUAUGGAAUCACUAUAGACACCCAGACCAUUUCAUCCAUGUGGUCUGGGUGCAGUGUCCUGACAGUCUAGGCAUGCAAUGUUAAACACUAUUGUUUUGUAGGUACAGCAAUGUUUAAAUUGCAGGGUAAGCACACCUUUAGUGCCUUCGUGGCAGUCAUUAGAGGGUGCUUCGCCUGUGAGACCCAAGUUAGACUCAGUUCUUUCAUGUAACCUUGUCUAAUGCGUCUCAUAGAAAGCAUUGAUUGUAAGAGGAAGGUCCACAAUUCUUCUCUAUUAAUUUGGAUGAGAAGAUGUAAGAUAGCAGCAUGUGUGCAGACAAAACCAAAAAUCAGUUGAUUAAAAAAAAAAAAGACAGUUGAUAACUGUUCGGAUAUUAGAUAGUAGCUAUACAAAACAAUCAGAAAACAUUUUGAUAUGAAUUUGAGUAACCGUCUUCCUUUUUGGUUUAUCAGACACCACAUACCCUGGUACAAUAGUUUGGUAGUUGUUUAAUAGUUAAUCAUGUGAUCUUUUUUCUGCUGGGACAACAUAUUAAAUUUUUUCCUAGUUAUCAAGGGUUUUUAGUGAAUUACAAACUAAGCGGCAAAAUGUAGCGUAAAAUACCGAAUUUGUAAAAAUUCUCCAAAUCAUCUUCAGUGUCAAGUUUGCAUUUCUGUGUUUUGUAAAUAACUCUGAACGUGUUUAUGGUGCUCAUACAAGCACUAACUCUACAAUAUCAUUUUUAUUUUUGUUUUUAAAGGUUCCAAAAGAUUUCAUCUCCUGAUCUGCAAUGGCAGGCUAUUACAGUUUUACUGGUGAUUAUUACGACAAUGACAAUUACACAUUUGAUAUUAAUUCCUUACUGCCUACAAACACUCCAGUACAAGAAACUCUGACAACGCCGUAUGAAUGGGCAGCCUUGGGCAUCUUCAGUUUAGUGUUUGUCAUUGGCGUGCCUGGUAAUGGCUUGGUAGUGUGGAUGACAGCCUUCGAAAUGAAGAGAACAGUGAACACAGUGUGGUUUCUGAAUCUGGCCGUGGCGGACCUCUUAUGCUGCUUCGUUGUCCCAUUUUCGAUUAUGGAAAUAAUUCUACAGAAAAAAUGGCUGCUCGGCCUCUUCGCUUGCAAGACUCUUCCUUCCGUUCUGUUGGUGAAUAUGUAUGCCAGCGUUCUCCUCCUCACCUUAAUUAGUAUAGACCGCUGUGCCUUGGUCGUCAAGCCAGUAUGGUGUCAAAACAAAAGGACCGUGCACAAAGCCUAUGUGGCAUGUGGGGUGGUUUGGAUAUUUGCCUUUGUUCUGACCAGUCCAUCCUUUAUAUUCAGGCAAACAAUUCUGCGAAACAGUACAACAAAAUGUAUUAUGGAUUACACAUAUCUUGGUGAACACCAACAAAAGGUUGAAAACUUCAUAGCCAUUUUCCGUUUUCUCAUGGGAUUUGUAAUUCCAUUUUUUGUCAUUACAAUCACUUAUAGUGUGCUAGUGUCAAAGGUCAGAGGACGAUUUACCGAGUCGAGUAAGACCUUGAAAGUGGUCCUCGUGGUGAUAACUGCAUUUUUUAUCUGCUGGUUUCCAUAUCACGUGGCAGGGCUCAUUUUAGCAGCCCAUAACAUUAAAUCAGGUUUAUAUGCGUCCGUUCUAGUCGUGGACCCUCUUUUAAUUGCCAUAGCUUUUAUUAACAGUUGUGUAAACCCAAUCAUUUAUGUUCUGAUGGGACAAGACUUCAAGAGCAAAUUCAGGAAGUCCAUCAAAGCAGUUCUAAGGAAUGUCUUGGCCGAAGAAACAAGUCGGACCUUCGAUUCCAAAAAUACAAAGUUUACUACAGACACCAAGAACAGUGAAACUCCUAUAUAAUUUAUUUAUAGUGAGAGAUUUAAGUAUUGUACAAAGUGGGGUUUUGUGAUGUUUCUAAGUAGUUUUUGGGGAUAUUGUGUAAAGACGCCAUGUAGUCUGGAAGUUGAUUAAAUUAGCGGUACUGGAUCUAAUUAUCUCCCAGACACAGAGGGGCACGGGUUUCAGAUAGUUACCUCCUGCCAGCGUCUGUGUAUAAAUAUGUAAAUUUGGACCAAAUAAAGUGUGUUUGUUUUCACCUUU